CGUCUGCGCUACCCUCGCUACUCGCUCCCUUCCUUGCUCCUGAAAUACUGUACAUAACCUCUCUUACAACCCACUCUAUCCCCCGUCCUCUUCUCAAAGAACUCCGUCCCAUACUUCCUAUCUGCCACACCCGACCAUGUCCUCCCAACAACCCUCCCACUUUCACUCCUCCUCCUCCUCCUACAACCCCAACAACGAUAAUAUGAACGACCCAAGGGGAACACCCAGCCGCCACAGUAGAUAUCGCGCUGUCUGCUGCUGUUGUAUACCCGUCAGACUGGGCGCCGGCUUGUUGAGCGCGUUCAUGAUUGUAUCGAGCGUCGGUGUCAUUAUCGUCAGUGUAGUGAAGCGGGAUGCAUGGAGCUAUCCAAACUGGGCCCACAUAAGCACCAUCGGCGCCGACACCUUCCUCGCCGGCGCCGGCCUGGUCGCUCUAACCGGCCUCCUCUUUUCCCUAAAAUCCCCCCUAACAUCCUGGCUCCGCUUCCACACCCUCAUCCUCCUCAUCUCCUUCGCCCGCUCCCUCGCCCAACCACUGACAAUGCUCCUCCGCCGCUCCACCCUCCUCGCACUCUGCCAACAACGAACCCCGCCCGCCUUGCCUGGGGGAUCACAGCCCACCUGUGAGGCGACGGUCAUCAUCGCCAUCGUUGUGGCGUUCGUGUCGGGUGUGGUUAGCGUUGCGGGGACGUAUUGGUUGUAUGUGCUUCUGAAAAGAUGGAGAGAAGAGAGGUGGGAACUGGAGGGACCGGUGGAUGAGAUGCAGAGGAGGAGGCGGAGGAGCACGUUACAGAAAAAGGGGAUGUACGGGACAUUAACCGAUUCCACUGUCGAGAAGUACGAUGACGCCCCGCACCACGCAUCUCACGCUGGGCACCUCCCGAACGAGAACGAGCACCACAAAGACGCACUCGCAGAACAAGCCCUCGCCAUCUCGCGACGCAACACCCUCCCGCGGCGUCCCGUCUCGGAAGUCACGGUCGACAUCCCGCAUUCACACGACUCUGACUUCACCGCCCCCUUACUGAACACACAUCAUCCCGACGCGUACCAGCAGCAUUUCGAUAGCGCCUAUCUGCCGCGUGCCCCGGCCCCGUCGGCGGAAUCGCCCCCGACCGCGACGACGGUCCCCACGAGCCCGCCCCCGCCCUUCUCGUCCCGCGACCAGCACCACCGUCCGUCCACGCUUCCGGCGGAUCAGCAACACCAUGGCCAACACCGUGAGGACGGGCGUGGUGAGCAAGCACAGCAGCAGCAAAGGGAGGACCAGGGGGACCCGGUCCCGCAUUACCGGCACGUGUCUGGCGGGAAGAUGUUCCAGGAGAGGCCGUUUGGGUAGGGUUGGGUAGGGUUGAGGAGAAGGGGCGUAGCGUAGGUGGGAGUCUGGCGGAGGGAGGACGCAGUCAGCGUGGAGAGACUGGAUGUUGAUAAUGGCCGUACAUUCUUUUGUUGCUGAUGCGAAGCGUCGUUUAUGACCCCCCCACGCCCGCAAAUCCUCAUAGCCCCCCCCCCCUUUCUGUAAAUACCAUUCGUCAAACGACAUCUGAUAAAUGUACUGUACAUAGUCCGUAUAACCCCCGCGCGAUGGACAUUCCCAGACUUGCGACAAUCUGUUUUGUGUCCAGCAACCAUAUAUUCGUCGUACCCAUAUGUUUUCAUAAAACGAUUACACCGCAAUGGCUCACAUCUCUACGCCGCAUAACAUCCUCAACCACUCAACUACAUCAUGUCCCCACUACCCGGGGGGGGGGGGGGGCCGGCUGAUUGUUUCACAGCGACUCGGGU